AUGUCAAUAAAUGGUUGUUUGAAGUUAUUCGCAUCAAAUUUCACCGUAAAAAUGUGCAAUUUUAUAGAGAAAACCCUCUACCCCGACAGAAAAUGAUGCCUUUUGUGUACAACGCAGAUGAAGACGGAAAAAGGGUUCAAGGCGAGGUAAUAGGCGAUGAAAUGCUUGAAAAAUUGUGGUUUCAAAUGAAAAACCGAGUGAAGAGGGCUAGAAUUGUGGUCUUUCCGCAAAAUGUCGUCUCAAAUUCCAGGAAAGAUAUGAGCCUCGCGAGCAUCAACGUCAAAUGGCCGACUAUUACAAGCAAUACGAGGAGCAGCGGGUUUGUUUUGCGGGGGCGAACUUUUGAUCCAUCGAUCGAUCGAUAAUGUCUGUCUAAAGUUGUGUUCCUCCCGACAGGCGGCCAAUUCGCUCGUCUACGGAUCGUCUGGAACCAAUCAACUGGCUGAUAUACAAGCCCGUUUGGCCGAGACUCAGCAACAGAUCCAGCGGCUGAACAAUGAGGAGAAAGAGUAAGGGAAACUGGGAAACUGAGACGAACGGACCUGAAGUCAUGAAAUUUGAAUUCUCGAAAAGUCUUGCAACAAAUCCUGAGUUCCAAAUUAGUUUGUUUUUUUGUACUAUGCUUCUCUGCUUAUUACCUGAAUCAAUCAACGAAAAUGCUUUAAAAAAACGUUCCCUGAAAUAUCAUGUAAAAAUGCAGGCAAAUGGGAGUGCUCCAACACCAACAAUAUCAUCAACCGCCGACGGCCGUCUACCCGGAUUUCGCCCUGCCUCCACCGUCAUUCACCGCUCCAAAUGCCACGAACUCGUCUACAGUAAACGCCGCGCGCUCUUCGGAGCGUCGCCGCUCCCGUUCCCCGUCGUGGGCGCGCCGUUCGCGGAGCAGAAGCAGGAGCCGCGGGCGGGAAUCUUCGGGCAGAAGGCGUGGAAGUAGUCGGGAUCGGCGGAAGGAGGAGGAUCGGAGCAGCCGACGGAGAAGAGGUCCUCUCGCAAUCAGUCAUUCUCUGUCCCUGGAGAUGCCUUUGCUUUUGCCGCGCCCGAAAAAAACUAAUUCUCGAUGAGAUUGUAGAUCGGAGUCACGAGCGGAGCAGCCGAUCGCCGCCGAGCAACCAGAAAAACGCUUCUUCCUCUGCCACGUCCUCUUCGAGAUAUUCGAGACGACGACGUUCCAGAAGCAGCAGCAGGGAUAGGGUCAGUACGGAAAAUCAAAAGAGGGGAAUAUGCGCUCUGUUGCACUUUUGUAAAGAAUUCCGGGAUUUUCUCUGUUUCAAAAUAUUUUCAUACAACUUUUUGUCUUUGACACUUCUAAUGCUAACAUCGAGCCUACUUCUCAUUUUUUCAUACAAAAUCAGAUUGCAAUGAGAGGGUUGUAAUCGAAAAAGCCAUUUUCAAAAUUUCUCAAAAUUUCAGAUCGAUGUGGUUGGUGCCUUCAAUCGAAAGGUUCCCAGCGUUGUCAAAUAAAAUGCCAAAAAAAAAAUGCAACUUUUCUGAGUAAAACAGUGUCUCUUUUAGGACCGAAACUCGUCGUUCCGUCGCAACCAAACGGAUCGAUAUUCGGAUUGGAAUCCCGGAAUUCCGACGAACAAAUUGGCGAUUUUGAACAUGCCCGCCGACGUGGACAAUACCAAAGUGAGUUUGAGCUUCGUUUUCAUUUGCAUUUUCGAAAUUGAACCCAAUUUUGUCCCCCCCCCUCUGCAGAUCACAUUUGCACUGGGAAAAUGCGGAUAUCUGCCGCAGGACGUGCGCACAAUGACCAAAUUCGACCGUUUGACGAAACAACCGCGCACUUUUGCGUUCGUCGAAUUCUCGGAUCAGUCGACCGCCGAACGGUGGAUGGCCGACUUUCAGGUACGAGAUUUUGGGCCGAAAAAUGGUCUGGGCCGGCCUUUUGCCUAGCCCUGUGCGAGAAUGAAUUUGAAAAAAAACCAACAAAUCGCUGAAAUAAGUUUUUAGUGAGAGCGGACCUGUGUAAAUAAAAUUAGAAUGUGUUCGAACCCCCUAAACCAUUUUUUGAAACUGAAAUUUUUUUAAGCCAAAAAAUAUCGUAAACUCGAAAGAAACGGAAAUGUUUGACAUUUGCAGGGCUGGCUGACACUGGACGACGGUCGGACUCUGGCGGUGGAAUACGCGAAAGGCGAUUCGGUGAACAAUAUGGGGAAUAAGGGAGACGACUGGAUUUGUGCUCACGUAAGCACUCUUUUCACCAAAUUGCUUCUUUUUUUGUUGUGCGUGCUGAUUUUUCCUGAAAUGUCUUUUUGUUUGCAGUGCUCAAUGAACAAUUUUGUGAAACGAAGCACAUGUUUCAAAUGCGAAAUUUCCAAGGAUCAAUCGAUGGAAUUGGAGCGAUUGGGCGCACAUAUGGUCGGAAUGACACCCUGUGAUAGUCAGUUCUUUUUCUCUUAGAAGCUGGGAAUAAUAUAAUUUUUGUGAUUUUCAGCACUUUUAAUCCGCGGCCUUCCGGACGGAAUCACGAACAGCGCCAUCUUUGACGGACUUUCGACCCUCGUCUGUCUCAGCUCCAUUUCCAUGAUCAAGGUCCCUUUUUUUUCCCCCCCCCCCCCUUAUUUUUUGACACUUUAAAAAAUCUGAAAUUAUUUGCAGUUGUCCGAAUCGAAACGUUUUGCGUAUUUGCAAAUGAAAAGCGCCGACGAGGCGCUGAUGCUCCUCAAUUUGACCUACAAAGCACCGAUUCGCAUUAAGAACAAGGACGGUGAGUGGGCGAAAUUGUUUGGCGCUGCAAAACGAGACCCCGUAGAUCACACAAUUGCCUCGGAAUAAAAAUGAGCAAUCUCGCACGAAUACCUAUUUUUUGAAUUAGAACAGUGAAACGGUGAAUUUUGACUCUAAAUUUUUGAGUCACUUUUAGCUUAAAGUUUCCCGUAUUUCCACAGCAAAAAUAUGAAAUCGAUAUCGAUUGAUUUCAGUGCAAGUCUCGUGGUGCCGCGACUCGAUGACUCGUCUCAUUCAGCAACAAAUGACGAUGCUGACGGCCGGACCCGUACGCGAACAGGCGCCGCAGGGAAAUUGUGAGUCUAUUUGGCCAAUAGUGAACCAUUUUCAAUCGAUAUUAUUCACCUUUUCAGUAACUGGAGCUGAAAUCGCCGCCGCCGCCAUUUCGAAGGCGAAUGCGGUCCGUCAGGCCAGUCAUCACGUUGGACAGCUGGUAAGCACCUUGUACACCGUUCUUCGAAAAAUUCUUUUCAGAUGGCCCAUCCGAACCAGCAAGCGACGUCCGCACCUACCGCCGCCACUAUUAUCCCGUCGAAUUUCUCGGUGCCGCCGCCAAAUUUGAACGCCCCGCCCCCAGUUAUCCAGCCGGAACACCAGAACGGAGUGAUUGGAGUCGUGCAGACGCCCAAAGGAACACUCCCCAGAUAUUGUAGGUCUUGCAGGAAAACGAGUCGAAUUUGUUUGAAUUUCCUAAAAAUGCUUGAAUGUUACUUAUCACGCCUUUAAAAAUAUUCUAGAAAAACGGUUAAUUUGCAGUGCCGCCGAACCCGCUGACGUUUGUGCACGAUCCGAACGUCGGCUACUACGUGGAUCCGAUCACAAAGUUCUGCUACGACUCGACCACCGGCUACUACUUUAACAACGAAUCGGCGUGCUGGUCGACGUGGGACCUCACCUUCCAGACGUACUUCCCGGUGGAAACAGCGGCGAAAACGGAAGAGGCAACGGAAGAGAAAGGCAAGAAAACAGAGGAGGAGGGGCCGAAAAGUGCGGCCGAUCUGGCGAAGGACAUGGCAAAAUGGGCGAAAAAGCAGGAGAAGGACAAGAAGAAAGUGCAGAUUUCGCUGAAAACGAAGGAAACGAAGGGAGUGGUCGAGUUAAAGAACGUAUUCCAGCAGGGUGAGCGAUAUUGCAAGUGCAGAGAAUUGGAAAGAAAGUGUUUGCAGAAAAACACCGAAAACUGGGACCAUCAGCCCUCUCGGCGGACGAAGACGACGAAGAAGAGGCGGCGGCGGAAGAAAGUUACCGUCCGUCGACGUCUUCCCUCAAUGCCACGUCAUCGGCUCAUUCGAAUUCGAGCCCGAUGGCGCCGCGUAAACCGAAUCUGCUGGAAUUGAGAGAAUCGAUGGAACGGGCGCUGUACGACGAGGCCAAAAAGACUUGCAUGCUGUGCAAACGGGCAUUCGGAGACGUCGAAGUGCUCAGAAAACACGUGGAGAAAAGCGAAUUGCAUCGGGUGCGUUUGCCGAUCAAAUGUGUCUCUUUGAAAAAUGUAAUCUUAAAAAUUCAGACGAAUCUGGAGGCGAAACGUGCCGAGUGGGGCCGAGAAACGGCGCUGCGGCUGCGAGAAGAAGAGGAAAAAGAGCCGGAACUGCCGAAGAUUGUGUACAGAGACCGGGCGAAAGAGCGGAGGCGGCAGUUCGGAAUCGACUCCACCGGGUACGCGUUCGAUGUGAUGGGCGGCACCACUUCCGGAGCCGGAUCCGCGCGCAACGAGGAGACGAUGCGAAAGGAGAGCGAGGAGGCGUCGAAACGGCCGUUGGACGACUCGAACAUUGGAAACCGACUGCUCAAGAGCAUGGGCUGGAAAGAGGGACAGGGAGUCGGAAAACACGCACAGGGUACGCGGAUUCGAGUUUUGAAAUGUAGAUUCUCAGUGUUUGACAAAGAACGAUAUCGCCUCAAGACCAGAGUUGCGCGGAAGAACACGGAAGAAUUUUUAUCUUUUUUAGAAAAUUUUUUCAUGGGAUGUGAUCAACUGACGAAAUGUAUAGCAAAGUGAACUCUGCUCAUAGAAAAAUAAUUGUAAAUGUAACUUUUCAUGCAAAAAAGUUAUUCCUUCCGUCUUCCGUUAGCCCUCCUUUUUUCACGGAACAACUCGAAUAACUUUUUUGUAUGUAAAGCUAAAUUUACAAUUAUUUUUCUAUGAGCACAGUUCACUUUGCUAUACAUUUCGUCAGUUGAUCACAUUUCAUGAGAAAAUUUUCUAAAAAAGAUAAAAAUUCUUUCGUGUUCUUCCGUUGAGUUCUUCCGCUCAACUCUGCUCAAGACCCUUUAUCCUAAAAUAUUUUGUCUACAGGAAUAGUGAACCCGAUCCAAGCGGAACGAUUCGUCCAGGGCGCCGGAUUGGGGGCGGCCGGCUCGAAAAUGCGUCACGGAGUGGAGGCGAGCCACAAAGAAAAGACACGUCAGGCACUCUACAGCCGAUACCACGACGCCUAA